AUGCGCUCCAGGCUCCCACGGACCGCCUGCCUACUGCGCCUCGUUGCACUUUGCAUCCUCCUGUCGCACAGCGCAGCUUACUUUGGGCUGACAGGGCGGGAGCCCCUGGUCUUCCUGCCGGGCCCCUUCUCCAGCGAGCCGGCAACGGGCAAGGCCCACCUGAAGCAGUGCGAGCAGAUGGCGCUCUCCCGGCGGCAGAAGAGGCUGUGCCGACGCGAGCCCGGCCUGGCCGAGACGCUGCGCGAGUCAGUGCGCCUCAGCCUGCUCGAGUGUCGCUACCAGUUUCGCAACGAGCGCUGGAACUGCAGCCUCGAUGGCCGGGGGAGCCUUCUGAAGAGAGCCUUCAAAGAGACUGCUUUUCUCCUGGCCGUGUCGUCGGCGGCGCUGACCCACGCCCUCGCCAAGGCGUGCAGCUCGGGCCGCAUGGAGCGCUGCACCUGUGACGACUCACCCGGCAUUCAGCACCGGGAGGCGUGGCAGUGGGGGGUAUGUGGCGACAACCUCAAGUACAGCACCAAGUUUCUCAAGAGGUUCCUGAGCCAGAAAAGAGUCAGCAAGGACCUGAGAGCUCAAGUGGAUGCCCACAAUGUCAAUGUGGGAAUUCGGGCGGUAAAGAGCGGCCUGAAGACCACCUGCAAGUGUCACGGGGUUUCCGGCUCUUGCGCCGUACGGACUUGCUGGAAGCAGCUGUCUCCGUUCCACGACACGGGCCGGCUGCUCAAGUACCGCUACGACACAGCCACGCGGGUCCUGAGCGUCACAAAUGCAGCCGCCGGCGAAAGCGAGUCGGCGGGACCGCGUCGCCACGGCCAAAGCCUUCGUAGUGCCAACCUGGUCUACCUGGAGGAGUCGCCCAGCUUUUGCCGGGCCUCACGCUACUCAGCGGGCACCGGCGGACGCUCGUGCGCUAAGGACACCGGCUGCCAGAACUUGUGCUGCGGACGCGGCUACAACACGGCCGUGCGCCUCACCAGCCUUUCCUGCCACUGCCAAGUGCGCUGGUGUUGCCACGUGGAGUGCCAGACGUGCGUCCGUGAGGAGGAGGUGUACACGUGCAAGAGUACGUAG